AUGACCACUAUACCACUUCCGCUCCGCAAGCCCACUCCAACAACCAACUUCCUACUGCCACACCCUCCAACCUCCCAAACCAAUCCCAAGACUCAAUCAAUUGACCUCCGCCAGCCUCAAACUCCUACAAACACAGCUCCACCGGCACCGACACCGCCGAAUAAUACCAACUCCAAUACCAACUCCAGCUUGAACCCCAACUUCAACUCCAACUCCACUCCCGCACCGCAACCCAAACCAACAUCCGCAAUGGGCGAAGCCAACGGCUCAAACACUCCCCUGGGAGAUCUAUCCGGCCUCUCUGCGACGCAAGUCCGGCCUGGUGGUGCGCCUGCGCGAGUUUAUCUGAAUGAGAAGAUUGUCCCGCAUUUGCUUGAAGGGAUGAAGUCUGUUGCGAGAGAACAACCUGCCAAUCCUUUACGGGUGCUUGGUGAAUUCUUGCUUCAGAAGAGUAAUGAGGUCGAAGGUGAGGGUAAGAAGGACUCGGAGUAA